CAAACAGCAACAUUAUAACUAUAUACAGAAACUAGCAAAGGAAGCAUUUAACAUGACUAGAUAGAAUUUGCUCACAUGAACAGGAAAAAAUUACCUAUUGAUUGGAUUAUAGUUUCAUACCAUUUUUCAAAAUGCAGGAGUCUGAACAUAGCAUGGAGCAUGACAAGAUGAGUCAUUUAAUACAAUCAAUUCAGCUAAAAAACAAUAAGCUGAAAACCUUUUUUGAAGACAAAGAGGACCGAAAACGGACUGAAAGAAUAAAAGUGACCCUACAAGAACUGAUAAGCCUCAUGCAAGAGGUUAAUUGUGCAUCAUCUGAAAACAUGGUGACAGCUCAGAACACACUGCAAAUUACAUGCAAGACAUUGGUGGAUGAACUUGACAAGCAAAAACCAAAUCAAGCUGAACAAAAUUAUUCAGAUAAUCUUUAUGGAAAAAAUCUUAAAGAAAUGCAUAAUUUCCUAAACAACAUUGUUGAAGAUCUUAGAAGCACAAUAAAUACAAUGCACAAGAUAAAGAACAACUUAGAUAAUGCUGAGGCCUUAACAAAAUCUGUUUGGAAUGGAUCAAGCCAGCAUUGUACUUUAACAGGAAAUGGAUCAGAAACUGAACCUCAGGAUAAUGCCUUUAAUCAUGCUGAUAACAACUCUUCCAGGAAAGAUCAGUGCCAACCAAAUUCAGAAAUCUUAUUACCAGUAAAUACACAAGAAGACAAAUUAUUACUUCCUGAGGAAGAAAAUAUUCCUGAUGAAAACAGCAGUGAAAAAAUUAUAAAGCACGACACAACCACAGACAUAAAAUGUUACAAUGAGGACUUGAAAAAUGAGCAAAAAUCAGUUAAUGGUGACAAUAGUGAGAGUCACCCAACUGUUAAUAAUCUGAAACCUGUUCAUCCUGAGAAGAGUGGCAAUGAGUGUGAACCCAGCAAGGCAGAUGGCAAAGAGAAGGUGGGCAUGCAGUCUAAGGAAGGCAAUAAUAUGUUACAGAAGACAGACAUGAUCAUACAACAGAACAUUUCUUUAAAGACAGAGCUGGUCAAUAGCACAAACAAUAACGAGUUUCUAAAAUAUCAUAAUGCAGCAUGGAAUUGUGAAGCAGAAAACCAGGAAGAUCUAGCGGGCACAUCAAAACCAGUACAUUUUACAGAGCUGAAAGACCAACAUACAAUGCAAAGUGUAUGUUAUAUUGCGGCACCUUAUCUUGUAGUACAAAGGCUGACCAGUAGAAUUGUAAAUAACUUGAGUUCACUGGCUGUAAUGGAUUCUGAAGAACUGGUUAGUGACAUCAUCAGUAUUCAAUAUCCUGGCAGCAAAUUCAAGAUUCCUUUUCCUCUUUCAAUUUCUAUACCCUUCACGGCACGCUACAGAGGUAAUUACCGUGACAUUAUGGUAAAGAUUUUUGAAGAUGGAAUGCAUGCAAGCUACAUAACUCCUUCCAUAUUUGAAGGAACUCGAGGAAAACAAAAGGGUUCUUUUGCAGAAUUUAAAGUGUACAAGUUUGCAAUUUUUUCUGUUGUCUCCUGCUUACGUAAAGAGAAUUUCACAGUUCCCAGGAAAGGACUAUCCAUGAAGCUAAGCAUGGACCCACGAAUUGCCCUAGACUACCCACCAGGUUCUUUUCACACUCCUGUGUUUGUGCAAUCAAUGGUCCAGCCCAUAGACGCAUCAAUUCUUUCCAUUCUCAAAGCAAAGAGUGAUGAAUACCAUGCAGUUGUGUCCACUAGCCCUUUACUUCACAUUUUACAUCCUUCAACCCAGACAUUUUGGAAGUCUGUUACAUUCACACUCCCUUGUCCUCCAAAUCCUGAGAAAAAGAAGAAGGGAGAUGAAAGUGAUUCGGCAAGGCCAGCAAGUGCUGUGCUUCCAAAGAACACACCCAUUCACAGACAAAGGGCUGCAAGUGCUACUGUAAAGAAUUCCAGAGACUCCUCAAAGGAACAUUUGCUGUUAGCUGGGUACAAGCAUAAGGAAGAACAGUGGAUUAUAAUGGAACAUAUCACAGUAAAAAACCUUCAGAAUGGGCUGGUUUCUUUUGAAAUAGCUGAACAUGUUGAAAGAUUGAUCGUGUUUCGUCUACUGUCAUCAAUAAAAAGCUCAUUGUUGACUGAGAUCAUAUUAAAGCUUGAGGAGGCAAUUGUUAACACUCUGAUCAAUGUUGUAUUAUAUCGUAAAAAAGAAGAUCCAAACAAUGCUGUGGUUUUGGCAGUGCCAAACAAAGACUUAAGGUGGGAGCUAAUGAAACUUCGAGAUGAAGGGUACUCCAGUCCACCAGACCCAUCUGAUGAGAUUUCAAUCAAAGAGGGAGAACAAGUUUUAUUACACUUUGUUGGAAACAUUUCAGCAAUAGGAGAGGAUAACAAUCCGAUAAUGAUCAAAAAGAUCACAUUUCACUGUCAAAGGAAAAACCAAAUGAACUUAUACCUAAAAGAGCUGGAUGAAUUUGGAAACUACUCCUCACCUCAUUACAAGGGUACAGUUCUGGUAUACAAGCUAACAAAAGAAGACAUUAAGAAGUUUGGAGACAAAUGUACCUCGGCACUGAAAAAUGUUAAUCAAAACCCCUUAUGCAAGCUAGCAUUAACCCUACCAAAGAGAGAGAGGAUUAUCAGCCGUCCAGCAAGUGCUAAAUCAACACUGACAGAUCCAUCUGAGCCACUCUCAGAUGCCCUGCUGCACUGGUUGUCUGGGGAACUUUCAGAAGAGGAUGCUGCUCUGCUUGUCACAUGUCUUCGCAUACGCCGCAGCUCAAUUCAGCUUGUUAAACUUAAGGUUCCAGAGAAUUUGACUGACCAGAUUUAUGAAUUACUUGCAAUCUGGCGAAAAAGCCUUCCAAAAUGCGCUGACAAGAUAACUUUGCUCUCACGUAAUCUUAGCAAAUGUGGCAGAGAUGAUCUUGUCAAGGAUCUUCAGCUAAAGGACAGAAUUAAUCGCUUUUCUAACCAAGAAGAGUAAACAAUUUCUAGUUUAUUGAAUUACCUUAUGAAAUAUGAAUAUGAGCAACAAUAAUUUUAGUAAAAUGA